UGUCGCCAUUACGUCUUGCCCCGCCGCUUCAUGCAGACUCUGUGGCCAAGGUCCCUCCUUCCAGGCCCCAAUUCGACAAAUAUCGUUUGGUCCUGCUGCUUGCGCAUCCUUUUUUCCGACUCUUCUCAAAAACUGCCUUAACCGUCAUACUCUGCUGUAUAUCUGCUUACGAAAAACCCCAAAUCAGCAGCACCAAAAUCAGUAUCAGCGCUCAGCAGUUCUACCUGAUCGAUUCUCACGCAGUCACGCAAUACUCGGCAGUUGUUUUUUUCCACCACGGUUUUGUGCGGCAUAUUAUACCAGCUACCCCGCCAGCAGCGCACUUACACGUAAAGAACCAUCUUCUGCAGAGGAGACAGCGCAGUCUCAGCUCUUAUCCAAAUGGCUCACCACAGCCCGCAAGACUAUGAUUAUUCCCGUCGCUACUUGCGUGAGGAAAUAGUCGAUGAUCGCGACCCUCGCUACUUCGACGACCGCAACUAUGGCGAGCCUGUCCGGAACCGUGAUCUCGUCCCUCGGGCGGAUCCUCGCGACAGCAGCCUUUCUGUAGAGGAAGUUCGCCGCGACUUCCCUCCACCAACCGGACGAGACUACGCCCAUUCUCACGACGUACGCCGUGCUCGUUCUGCAGAGCCUGGCUACUAUCAGGAGGAUUAUGAAUAUCGCCGCACCUAUGGAACACGUCUGGAUACCCGGGACGAACGUUACUCGAGACAUGGCGGUAGCCACUAUGGCGACGAUGAUCGUGACAGGAAGCCCAAACACAGCAAGUCUAUGUCGAAACAAGAGAAGAUCAUUGCUGCCGUUGCCGGAGCCGCCCUCCUCGUAGGUGGCAAGGAACUCUAUGAUCGCCACGAAGCGAAGAAGGAGGGGGGUACUCCAGUGCAGCGCAACGCCUUGUCAUCGGCCGCUCUCGCCGGUCUUGGUGCAUUUGCUGCCUACCAAGGUGCUGAAUUCUACAGCAAGCAACAGGCAAAGAAAGAUCAAAAGGCAAAUUAUAUUCUCCAACGUGGUCGUGAUGGUCGCCUGGAUGAAUACUAUUCGUCGGACGACGAGGCCGACACUAGAGAGAGAAAAGGUCACAAGAACUUUCUUGAGAGUGCCUUGGCCGCUACUGGCCUUGGAGCCGCUGUCAAAAGCCUCACUGGCCUAGGCGAUGACAAGCACUCUGAUACCCGAAGCCGUGGCGGUAGCCCAGGUUCACGAAGCGUCCGAAGCGUUCGCUCCGGCUCGGGCUCCAGAAGCGGCGGAGGUGCCAGCAAGAAGCAAAAGGUCGCUAUUGCAUCUCUGCUUGCUGGAGCUACCGAGGCCUUCCGUGUCGCUAAAGAGCCUGGUGGUUGGAGAGGAGAAAAGGCUAAGAGAAUUCUCACUGCCGCCGCCGGUGCCGCUACUGUGGAUGCUGCUCACGGAGCAGACCACGGAAAGCUUGGCCUUGCUGAAUCAGUCAUUGGUGGUCUGAUUGGUAACCGCUUGAUCAACGGCUCUAGGAAUGAUAUCGAAGAAGAUCGCCGCACCGGCAGGAGCCGCUCUCGAUCUCGUGCACGAUCAAAGGAUGGUCGUGGAGGCGUCGGCCUCGCAGCGCUUGCAACGGCUGGGUUGGGUGCUCUUGGCGCAAAGAAGGCCCUUGAUCGAUCGAGGUCUCGUGGGCGUGACCGCGACUAUGAUUCAAGAAGCCCAUCGAGAGACCGCAGCCGAAGCCGAAGCCGCAGUGUCGUAGACAGAGCACGGGAUGGCCUUGCCAAGCUAGGCUUUGGUAGUGGUGCUAUGGUGGCCGCUGAUGAUCGUCGCCGACGAAACGACUACGACGACGACGACGACUACGAUGAUCGAGAGUCGCGUCACUCUGGCCGACGAGAUGAUGAUCAUGUAUACGAUGAUCCUCGAUACCGUCGCCGUGGCCAUGACUCUGAGCGCAGGCACCGCGGGGCAUCUCGUGACCCAUCUCGAGACCGUUCUCGAUCUCGAGACCAUUCGCGCCGGAGAGGCGGCUACGGGUCUGAAUCUGACCUAGGAGACUCUUCUGAGGAUGAGAAGAGGGCCAAGAAAAUGAGAGGUAAGCAGGUUCUAACUACCGGCCUUGCAGCUGUUGCCACAGUUCACGCAGUACAUGGAGUCUACAAAAGUUACGAAAAGAGGAAAGCGCGGCAAGAGGCCGUCAAGGAAGGCCUACUCAGCGCACAAGAGGCCAAGAAGCUCAAAGCCAAAGCCAUCAUGCAAGAUGCAGCUUCAGUAGGUAUUGCUGCUAUUGGUAUCAAGGGUGCUCUCUCAGAGCUCAAAGAAGCCAGGGAGAUGACCCACGAGUGCAGAGAGUGGAGGAGUGAGAAAGAUCGUCGCCACGCGAAACGGCUAGAGAAACGCAAGCAACUUGGAGACAGGCGACGAUCAUCAAGCUGGUCGGCAUCGUCGCCGCGAAACGACAACGGAUACUAUGCAGACGGCGAAGAUCAAACGUACAUGAUCGAUCGCAGGUACACUGCGGUUUCACAGCUAUCCCAACCGCCUCUCAGACGGGAUAGCAAUUGAGAUGCAACCCCCAAAAGCAGCUAUGCUUAGAGACUUUCUCAGCUGGCUUUCCCGCCUCUGAUGCUGCAAGUCCGUCCUUGACUCUCAAGACUAGCACUUGCUGCGGCGAUAAGAAUCACUAUCUUGUCAACACAGUGCAUCUACCGUCGGUCGCUCUCUCACACACUCGUUAAGCCGUUUGCCUGGUGUGAUAGAUUAUCUUGAUUUCCUAUGUUGGCGUUAACAUUAGCUGGAUAUUUGCUUUCUAAUCAAAACACGUGGCAACUACAAAGUGGGAUAUGAUAUCAGACUUCAUGUGCUGCGUGGCACAAACUACAUAGAUUGAGCUUCAAGCUUAGCCUACUUGUCUUCUCUAAUAUCUUCUAUUUAUAUCCAGAAUGACUAAUAAUGAUUGAUUUGCUAUAGAUCACCGACGCUACUGAUGACUUGUUCUUCGCGGAGAAUAAGGAAUCAAUCCGAGAGGAGGGUAUCACUGCAGCUGCGGAGAUGCG